AUGCGUCAGUCAAUUGCUUUGGCUGCAGCUGGCGCUGCCACUGUUAAGGCUCUAUCUCUAGCCGACAUGUGCACAGUCGCAAACGUUCAAGCAGCACUUCCUGCGGAUGGAUCCAUUCCAAAUAUCACAAUGAUCGCAUCAUCUGUUUCUGCAUCCCCUGUCUAUAACGCGAGUCUUAGCAGCGGGAUGACCAAGCGCGACACAACUACUUACAGCUACUGUAACGUCACUGCUACUUACACCCACGGCAGUGAUUCUGUCAUUGUUUGGUACGGAUUCCCAGAUCCAUCUAUCUUCGAGAACCGUUUCUACGUCGUUGGUGGCGGUGGUUACAGUUUAUCAUCAGGUGUAACUGGAGGUCUUGAAUAUGGCGCUGUUACUGGCUGCACUGAUGCCGGUUACGAUGCUUUCACUACCAGCUUGGACGCAGUCGUACUCAACUCUGACGGUACUCUCAACGAGCAAAACGUUAAGAUGUUCUCCUACGAAGCCCUUGGUGAGAUGACCGCCAUCGGAAAGGCUAUCACCAAGACUCUUUAUAGCAUUGAUAAACUCUAUACCUACUUCUCUGGCUGCUCUGAUGGAGGACGUCAAGGUAUGAGUCAAGUUCAACGUUACGGAGAUCUGUACGACGGCAUCGCUGCCGGAGCCCCGGCUUUCAGACAAGCCCAGCAACAAGUUUUGCAUCUCUUCUCUUCUGUCGCCGAAGUUGUUCAAAACUACUUCCCAACCAAUUGUGCUCUCGACAAGAUUGUAAAUGCUACCAUUGAGGCAUGUGAUCCAUUGGACGGGCGUACUGAUGGGGUUAUUAGUCGUUCUGAUCUCUGUAAGAUUAAUUUUAACUUGACUUCUAUCAUUGGUCAAUCAUACGCAUGCGCAGCCGAGACCAGCUCUUCUCUCGGUUUUGGUUUCAGCAAGCGUCAAGAUGCAGGUUCUACCACCACCAGUAGCCCUGCUCAAAAUGGUACCAUUAAUGAGCAGGAUAUUGCUAUUGCCCAGACCAUUUAUGAUGGUCUCUUUACUUCUAGUGGCAAGCGCGCAUAUCUCUCAUUCCAAAUUGGUGCUGAGCUUGAGGAUGCUGUUACUGAGUAUGACAAUACCACUGGCAGUUAUACCUACGAGAUCCCAUCUACCGGUGGAGUUUUCGUCGCCAAGUUCCUGGAGCAAAUCGAUGAAGACAGUCUUACCACACUCGAGAACGUUGAUUACGAUACUUUGUUCGAAUGGAUGGAAGAGGGACUCGCAAAAUUCUACGACACCCUUCAAACUACCAUGCCGGAUAUUUCCGCUUUCAGAGACAACGGUGCUAAGCUCCUGCAUUAUCACGGAGAAUCUGAUCCAUCAGUUCCAGCUGGCUCUUCCGUCCACUACUAUGACUCCGUUCGCACUACCCUUUACCCAAGCCUCGGAUAUAACGAAUCUGUCGCCAAGCUCGAUGACUUCUAUCGUUUCUUCUACAUUCCAGGAGCUGCUCACUGUAACACCAACUCUCUCCAACCGGGUCCAUGGCCCAAUGAUGUUCUCGCCACUUUGAUUAGCUGGGUCGAAGAUAGCGAGGUUCCGGACCGUUUAAACUCCACUGUUACCUCUGGAUCAUACGAUGGCGAGGUUCAAUUGUUGUGCAAGUGGCCAACUCGCCCACUCUGGACUUCCGAGACCACAUUUGACUGCGUUUACGACCAAGCGUCUAUCGACUCUUGGACUUAUGUCUUCGAUGCAUUUAACCAAACAAUUUAUUAG